AUGGCGGAUUCACAGCGAGCAUCUGAACCCGUCAACUUUGUGCAUCAAGAUGAAAUCUGGAAAGCACAUGUAAAGGUUGAGAAGGAUUCGGCUAAAGUCUGGCCCAAAAAGUGGGGCUUCCUGACCGAGGCCUACAAGGAGUACGAGAGGGAGAGUGUCAAGCUGAAGGAGAUGGUCAGGGUGAAGCUUCCCCAUCACCUGGCAGUACGACCUCCAACACCCCCAGAAAAACACAUCCAAGUUGGCCCCUCUCCUCCAGUUCCUCAGACAACUCAAGCCUUCAUCGGUUGGCGCUCAGGUCACUCACAUCUUCAGCUGGAAAAGUAUGGCACGGUGCAUCAUGGGAGGCGUAGUUUUCUGCAGGAGCUGGGCUGGCCUCCCGAUGCUUGCAGCUGACUGUUUUUGCAACUCAGUAUUGAAUGUAGAGGAAAAACUCAGGGCUUAAGACUGUGUAGAUUUCUGAGGUUAGCCUGGAAGAUGCAGUGUUGAAUAA